UCCGUGCGGGGUACUCGAGCCCUGUUCCGAGCCCGUGAGGAUGGCGUGCUUCGGCAGGGCAGCAGCGUCGGCGCCGCAGCGGAGAGCGGGCGCUCGGGAGGGCAGAUCUUGUUAGAGCUUCUGAUCUUCAGUUCAACUCCUGUGUCAUGGAUGAAACUGCUUUGUCCCUUGGAACAAUAGAUGUUUCCUAUUUGUCCACCUCAGCAGAGUGCAGUAUCAGUAGAUGUAAGCAUUCCAGUGAAGAAUGGGGAGAGUGUAACUCUAGGCCCACUCUCUUCCGAUCUGCCACUUUAAAAUGGAAAGAGACUCUGUUGAGCAGAAAAAGGCCGUUUGUGGGACGAUGUUGCUACGUAUGCACUCCCCAGAGCCGGGAUAAUUUCUUCAAUGCUAGUAUUCCUUCUUUGGGUCUACGUAACGUCAUAUAUAUCAAUGAAACACAUACGAGGUACAGAGGGUGGCUUGCAAGACGCCUUUGUUAUGUCCUUUUUGUGCAAGAGAGGGAUGUUCAUAAGGGUAUGUUUGCCAAGAAUCUGACAGAAAACGUGCUGAAUAACAGCAGAGUCCAGAAGGCCAUUGUAGAUGAAGCUUCUGAACCAAGUGCUCCGGGUAGUUUUGCUCAGACGGAUCCUAAAGCUAUCAACAAAGUGAAGAAAAAAGCUAGGAAAAUUCUCCAGGAAAUGGUAGCAAAUGUGUCACCUGCUUUAAUCAGGUUGACUGGCUGGGUGCUACUGAAGUUGUUUAACAGCUUUUUCUGGAAUAUUCAGAUCCACAGAGGUCAAAUAGAAAUGGUCAAAGCAGCAACAGAGAUGAAUUUGCCUCUUAUCUUCUUGCCUGUUCACAAAUCCCACAUUGACUACCUGCUCCUUACGUUCAUUCUUUUCUGCCAUAAUAUCAAAGCACCCUACAUUGCUGCAGGGAACAACCUCAACAUCCCCAUCUUCAGCACAUUGAUCCGCAAGCUAGGAGGAUUUUUCAUUCGACGGAAGUUAGAUCAGAGCCCUGAUGGUCGUAAGGACUUCCUCUACAGAGCUUUGCUCUACGUGCACAUAGAAGAAUUGUUGAGACAGCAGCAGUUUUUAGAAAUAUUCUUGGAAGGCACACGGUCUCGAAGUGGGAAGACAUCUGGAGCUAGAGCAGGUCUUUUAUCUGUGGUGGUGGAUGCUCUCUUCUCAAAUGCUACUCCUGAUGUCCUAAUUAUACCUGUGGGAAUCUCCUAUGAUCGCAUAAUUGAAGGUCACUAUAACAGUGAACAGCUGGGCAAGCCUAAGAAGAAUGAAAGCCUUUGGAGUAUAGCUAGAGGAGUCUUCAGAAUGCUGCGGAAGAAUUAUGGGUGUGUCAGAGUAGAUUUUGCACAACCAUUUUCCUUAAAAGAAUAUGUAAACAGCCAAAGCCAAAAACCUGUGCCUGCUCCUCUUUCUUUGGAACAAGCUUUGUUACCAGCUAUACUUCCAUCAAGAGCUAAUGAUACUGUAGAUGAAGGUACAGAGGCCUCACUGCCCAACUCCAGGGAUAUCACCAGUGAACCUUUCAGAAGAGAGCUGAUAUCCAACUUGGCUGAGCAUAUUUUGUUCACUGCUAACAAGUCCUGUGCUGUGAUGUCUACCCACAUUGUUGCCUGUUUGCUGCUGUACAGACACAGGCAGGGAACUGAUCUUUCUAGGCUGGUGGAAGAUUUCUUUUCCAUGAAGGAGGAGGUCUUAGCCCGUGACUUUGACUUGGGCUUUUCAGGGAACUCAGAUGAUGUUGUCAUGCAUGCCAUCCACUUGUUGGGGAACUGUGUAAAUAUCACAAACACUAGCCGAAACAAUGAGUUCUUCAUCACUCCCAGCACAACGAUACCUGCUGUCUUUGAACUCAACUUCUACAGCAAUGGAGUACUUCAUGUAUUUAUUAGAGAGGCCAUUAUUGCCUGCAGUCUUCAUGCGGUUCAGAGUAGGAGGUACAGAAAUGGUACCAAUGGUGCUUCUCCCAGUUUGAUUAGUCAAGAACACCUGGUCCGAAAAGCCGCCAGCUUGUGUUACUUGCUUUCUAAUGAAUUUACUGUAUCUUUGCCUUGCCAGGUGAUAUAUCAAGUUUGCCAUGAAUCUGUGGAAAGGCUGAUACAAUACGGUAUUCUUCUGGUGGCCGAGCAGGAUGAUCAGGAGGAUGUUAGCCCCAGUCUUACAGAGCAGCAGUGGGAUAAAAAACUCCCUGAGCCAUUAUCUUGGAGAAGUGACGAGGAAGAUGAAGACAGUGAUUUUGGAGAAGAGCAGAGAGAUUGCUACCUAAAGGUGAGCCAGGCUCAAGAGCACCAGCAAUACAUCACUUUCCUGCAGAGGUUGUUGGGACCUUUACUGGAGGCAUACAGCUCUGCUGUUAUCUUCGUGCACAAUUUUAGUGGUCCUGUUUCAGAGUCUGAAUACCUUCAAAAGUUACACAGGCACUUAAUAAACAGGACGGAGAAGAAUGUUGCUGUAUAUGCUGAGAGUGCUACCUACAGUCAUGUGAAAAACGCAGUGAAAGUCUUUAAGGAAAUUGGGGUUUUCAAUCAGACGAAACAAAGAAGAGACACCAUUUUGGAACUAAGCACUACGUUCCUACCUCAGCGCAACAGGCAAAAACUACUGGAAUUCAUCAUGAGCUUCAUGGUAUUAUAGACCACAUAUAGCACCUUUGUCCAGGGACGUGAAGACAGGUUUUGAGACUGUGUCGAAGCCUGGGGACAUUUGCUAAUCUUUCAGAGUGUAAGGUGCCACUGUCUGAGUAAGGCCUUCUCUGACUUGAACUACUGGAAGACAAGUGCCUUCUUACGUAUACAUUUAUGGGUUUCUUACAGUCCCAAUCCUGUUGUAAUACAGCGAUACUCAGAUGACACUUUGGAUACAAGUAAUUAAACUUGUUGCAAAAAAUAAGAUAAAUGAUUAGAAUUAGAUUUAAAACGAAGAGUGAAGUUUUAUCAGUGUUAUGUUUUAAAUAUACUUUCAAAGACUGUAACAGAUGCACAAAUACGCGUAUUUGUGAUCUGUAGCUAACCCUGAGAUCUUGAGUUUAGUGGCAACACAGCUUAUGGCAUAAACAAGUAACUUUCAUUCCAGUUCAGUUUUAUUGUUUUCAAUAAAUGGUUUAAAAAUUUUGCUUAGGCAGGAUAUAUAUUUCAUGGAUAAAGCCAUAGUUUUUAAUAAAUGUUAACAUAAAUGCCAAAAUUCUAAUGAGAAUAACAGUUACAGGCAUCUGAGAAUAAUGAUCAUGUAGCAGAUGAUUGUGAGAAACAUUGUUAGCAGGCACACCUUGCACUAUUACAGCUGUGUAGUGCAGUGGUAAAUUGCACUAAUCACUGCUGUCAUGAAGAAUGUGAGAGUAGCAUUCUUGUUUUUAUUAUGGCAUCUGUCAUUCAGCCAGAUGAAAGUCAGGAGACAGUUGCCUGAAUGUGAAUAUCUUGUAAAAUCUUAGAUUAUUAUUUAAUUGAAAAAAGCUAUCAAGUUUUUUUUUUUAAUUAAUAGGAUGUCAGAUUUUUCUUUUUAAAGUGGAGUAAAGACUUGAUUUGGUGAAAUAAUUUUUAAUUUUGGCCCUAAAAAUUUCAGCAAUAACUUUUGCAAUUCUUUGGAAAUGAGUGUUCAUAUUGUAUUCUGUUGCUGAGCAGAUCAAAAUUGGCAUGAAAUAGUAACCUCUAGAAACACAGAAAUAUCAUAAACAAUGUACUUUUGGCUCUGAUCUAACUGACUUACAAAAAAAAAAUUCACAGACAAAACUGAAUGAUGAAUAAAUUCUGCCCUAUGAAACAGGACUCUGGUCUUGCGAUUUGAUCCUUUUGCAUGGAGGACUUGCACUGUAGAUUUCGUCUUCUCUUCAUGCGAGUGGAGAUUAGAUUGCAACCUGUGGUCCUGUAUUUUAGUACAGCUGAUCUAGCUGAAGCAAUAACUUGGUGGUAUGUGAAGCUGGUUUGCUUGUGAAAUGUGUUUUUCCUCAUUUAGAUUGCCUUCUAUAUGAGGGAAAUCAAACAUUUCAAUUACUGCAAUGUUUCGCUUGAUUCUCGCGUCCUGGCCUUGUGAGCAGAAAAUCCCCGAUCUUCAUCAUGCAGCCUCUGUCGCUUAACAUAAAUACGGAAAAGCAUACUUGAAUCCCAGCACUCGCACUGUUACGCCAGCACAAAACUGAUGCACACAAUUUGAGUUUGUGGCCAAGGAGCUUGCAUUUGUACUGCACAUUUGUCAACGAGAAUAUUUCUGUAAAUUUUUUUAUUAAAUGCUAUUAAUAUUUGAAACCUGCAGUUUAUAGUUUAUUAGCAUUAUACUGUUAGCACUGUGAGAUGCAUGUGUUUUGUCACUAAACCAGGUGCUCUACAACACUUUAAGAAUUUCUGAACCAAAGCUACAUUAAUACGGAUAGAAACUGACCCUAGAGUCGCUUUCGUUCUUAUGUCCUUCUGCUGUCUCAGCAGGAUAGUGACUACAUCACGCAUAAUUUGUUUUGUGGAGUCUACUAGCUAUUUAGAAAACAGUUUCAUCUCAUACUAGCUAAUGUGCACUGUUCGUCAACCCGAUGAAUGCUCCAUACAAUGGUUGUUGCUGAUGGCUUCCAUUUAAUGUCAAAAAAAGACUAGGUGCUUCUGAAUAAUGAGCUCUCAUAGUUUACUGCAUUUCGGUAAAUCUGAAGUGUACUAACAGCAAAGAUUGUACAUCAAAAAGAUUUUUAAAAAUGAAGCAAUAUGAAGCAAACAAAACUUGAGACAUUUUAUUAAGAAUGUUCUGCCAACUGAUGUAUUAGUUACCGUAAAACCCAGGAGUACUGUGGUCACUGGAGUGUUCUGGCUGGGUGUUGCAACUGUGAUAACUUAUGGCUUACAUUUAAAAAAAGAAAAUAAAUUAAAAAAAUAAAUCUGGUUAAUAUAAAUCAGUGAGUGGGUAGGGUAAUAAUGCAUGUGAAUACACAUUUAUGAAUACAUUUAGUAUGCAGAGGGAGGGGGCACCUCUAAAACGGGUUUGGUUUUGUAUGAAAAAAAAAACCCCUGCAUGUGAAAAGUCAGUACUAUGAAUCAUAUGCCAUUGGAAGCCUUUGCAUUCUGCAGCGAGUGUGUAGGUAUACAUAUAUAUGCAAGCGUGUAUAUUAUGACACAUGACAACUAUGCUUUUCCCUGAAAAUAAAGCACAGAAUAUAAAAUUAUCAGACUGUAACAGUCAAAAACUAAAACCAACACUUUUGCACUGUAUUUACACCUUCAGUGUCUUCUGAUUUUAUUAACCUCUCAUGUUUCCUUUACUGAUAGAAUGCCAGAUUGAGUUAAUUUCGGUAAAGUUAACCAGUAAAGAAGAAAGGACUGGCCCUGAAUUACCACAAACGGAUUUUAAGACUCUCCUCUUACGAAGACUUGCACGAGUCUCAUCAUUCUUACGAGCAUAUUACUCAGGUGUGCAAGUCUUUUUGGGCCAGGAUCUUUCAUGGUAUGAGGUUCUUAAUCAUUCCAUAUGCAUCCUGUAGAUCUUACAUUUUUAGAGUGAUGAAAAUGUAGAAUCCCACUUCCCAUGCCGCCACAGCUACCCAGGCCCCCAGGGAUCAUAAACUUGUUAAUAUAUUUACUUUCUACUCACACUGACAUUGGAGGCAUACCUGCCUUCUCUUUGACAGUAUAGGGCUUUAUUCACCUAUCUUUAAUUAGGAAGCGUGUACACACACUUGCAUUCAACUGACUGCCUGCUCCACAGAGAAGUAUCAGAAUCACCAUGUAGAAGAAGGUUGAGCGGGGAGGUGAUUUAAGAUACUGUUGCUCUUGUCUUUCUGUGCUAAUGAGCCUGAUACUGCUUCCUUGAGAAUGUUACCACGUUUUACCUGUUAUGUGUAACGCCAUGUCUGUUGUAGAAGCACGGAGGUGUACUGGAGUCAUUUUAAUAAAUUAAACUGUUUGCUAAUAUGACAUUUAACAAGCUCUUCUCGUGUUUUUUUGUUGUUUUGUUUUGUUUUUUAAAUAACCUGCUAAGAUAAUUUAUUCAAUAACUUUGUCCCAUGCUAGGUAGUUUCUGAAAUUAAACCGUGAAAAGCUUCUGUUGUAGAAGUGUCUCUACCAGUGUACGUACUGGAGCAGAACCAUUUAAAAAGCAGGUUGAGGUGACAUCCUGACUCCUGAGUCACUGCCAGUUUUGUUGCAAAGCGGAGAUGCCAUUUUGCUUCCCUGUUUCCCCAUCUCUGCCAGGCCUUUGUACGUGGCUUCCUCUUUUAAAGUUCCUCUCGCCUUACGGGGCAGGGGGGGGUCAUUCAGAAGUUUGGGACAGCGCUGAUGCUGCAGACUGUCCCUUCUCCUGGCGAUUUCAAGCUGACCUGGAGUGCAAUAAGCACCUGUCAGCAAUUCUGACAGCAUCUGGCAAAUGUGAAUCAAUCGGAGUGGGGCUUUAAUAUAAUAAAACCUGCAUGGAUGAUCAUUACUUAAAUUGAGAAGGAGGGAUGCUGUCUCACCCUUCAGGAAAAAAAAAAAAGUUGUAAUCAACUGAUUAAGAGGCCUCUAGCGAUGUUCACAUGCAAGCAAGGCUCAAUUAAUUGACAACUCUAGGCUGAGGCAGGAAACUAAAAUUCAAUUAUUGUCAAUAGCUUGAAUAAAACCCAAUUCUUAUUGGUGAUGACCUUACAUGUUAUUCUUUCAGUAAAUGUCUUCCUAUUUCUCAGUCUUUUAAAAUCCCAAAUGUCAGAUAAAGCACUUAUCUCCGGUUUUUGCUUAAUUCAGUUUUCUUGUAAUAAAAGCUUGUCAGGCUUAUUUAGAAGGAUCACUUGAUUUGAGUUCUCUGCUUUGUUCUCUCUUACGGUACACCAAGUUUUCAGCAGCCCUGUAUUUUCAAGGUAAGAUCCACAUUGAUCUGAAUUGCUGCUUGAAACAUUUUCCUUUCAGUCUUUUAUAGAUGUUCAUUGCACUUUGCAUUUGCUGGGUGAGAAGUAUCGUCCUUAUUAAUUCUUCUGUAAGUUGGCCCACCUGUUAAUGUAAUUGUCCAAAAAGUAUCAUAGUUGAUGCUGUCAUUAGAUUAAGGAACUUUCUGGCUUUUGGGAAGAAACAUGUAUGAAAUGUUCAUUGCUGCGUGUUAUGCUGGAGUUCAGACCUGAGAGACAAUAAACCCCAAAGAGACUUCUAGAUUUCAUCUGUCAUAAAGCAUUGACAGUUACAGAAACAAAAGCUAUUUGAUUAAUUAUUGUAUAACUAUUAGUUAUACAAAUACAUGUGUCUGUAUGCAAUGCAAACUUUCAAUAAAAGA